ACAAAAGUGGAAAACUCCAACACUGCUGCUUCAAGCUGCUGACGCUCCACACACUGAAUCUUCACUCACAGACUCAAUGGCUUCCAGAUCAGAGGAGGAUCUCUGCUGUCCGGUCUGUCAGGAGGUCUUCAGAGAUCCUGUUCUUCUGUCAUGUAGCCACAGCUUCUGUAAAGACUGUCUGAAGAGAUGGUGGAGAGAGAGACCAACACACGAGUGUCCAGUUUGUAAGAGAAGAUCUUCAAAGUCUGAACCACCUUUAAACCGAGCUUUAAAGAACCUGUGUGAGUCGUUCUUACAGGAGAGAGAUCAGAGAGCUUCAGAGGCUCUCUGCAGUCUGCACUCUGAGAAACUCAAACUCUUCUGUCUGGACCAUCAGCAGCCAGUGUGUGUCGUCUGCUGUGCCUCAGAAAAACACACCAAUCACAGAUUCAGAUCCAUCGAUGAAGCUGCACAACAACACAAGAAGAAACUUCAGGAAACUCUGGAGCCCUUAAAGAAGAAGUUAAAGGUUUGUGAAGAAGUUCAAGUGAAGUUUGAUCAAACAGCAGAACACAUUAAGGUCCAGGCCCGACACACAGAGAGGCAGAUUAAGGAGCAGUUUAAGAAGCUUCAGCAGUUUCUAGCAGAGGAAGAGGAGGCCAGGCUGGCUGCACUGAGGGAGGAAGAGGAGCAGAAGAGUGGGAUGAUGAAGGAGAAGAUGGAGGCUCUGAGCAGAGAGAUAGCAGCUCUUUCAGACACAGUCAGAGCCACAGAGGAGGAGCUGAGAGCUGAAGACGUCUCAUUCCUGCACAACUACAAGGCUGCAGUGGAAAGAGUCCAGCGCUGCCCCCUGCUGGAUGAUCCACAGCUGCCCUCAGGAGCUCUGAUAGACCAGGCCAAACACCUGGGCAACCUGACCUUCAACAUCUGGAAGAACAUGAAGGACAUGGUCUCCUACACUCCUCUCAUUCUGGACCCAAACACUGCUCAUCCAGAACUCAUCCUGUCUGAAGAUCUGACCAGUUUGAGAGGAGGAGAGAGGCAGCAGCUUCCUGAUAAUCCAGAGAGAUUUGAUUUGUUCUGCUCUGUCCUGGGCUCUGAGGGCUUUAACUCAGGGACUCACAGCUGGGAUGUUGAUGUUGGAGACAGUACAGUUUGGGUACUGGGUGUGUUAGCAGAGUCUGUGCAGAGGAAGGGAGUCAUAGACUCUGGAUUAUGGACAAUAAUGUUCUAUAAAGGAUCAUCAGAAUAUAAUGAACAUGUGUGAAGAGCCAAAAAAUGCUGCUCCCCUCUCAGCAUGAUGAGCUCCAGCCUUUGUUAACAGGAAAACAGGAAACAUGAGACAACUUUCA